CAUGUGAUUUUCAGCUUGCUUUUUUGUUGAGUCGUUGUUGUUUUCAACGUGUCACUUAACUGGUAUUUUGUUAGUGGUGUUUCCCAAUUGUCAGAAAUAAUUUCCAAAACCCAUCAUGGAAAGAAAAGCUGAUUAUAAACUUCGACAAUAUCUCGAGCUUGAGAGACAUAUCCAAGAAAAAUGGGAAAGUGAGAAAAUAUUUGAAGAAAAUGCUCCAUCAACUCGUGAAAAAGGUGGUAAAAAUAAAUUUCUUGCUACUUGGCCCUAUCCUUAUAUGAAUGGUCAACUUCAUCUUGGACAUUCAUUUUCCCUUUCUAAAACUGAGUUUACUAUAGGUUAUCAGCGGCUCAAGAACCGGCGAUGCUUGUUUCCAUUUGGUUUUCAUUGUACUGGUAUGCCGAUUAAAGCUUGCGCUGAUAAAUUAAAACGAGAGGUUGAAGUUUUUGGAUAUCCCCCAGUGUUUCCUGAAGAUGAUGGAAGUACCACCGACAAAAAGGAAGAAGAUGAAACUAUUAUCAAAGAUAAAGCAAAGGGCAAGAAAAGUAAAGCAGCUGCUAAAAGUGGCACGGCUCGUUAUCAGUGGCAAAUUAUGCAAGCACUGGGAUUAAAAGAUGAGGAAAUUGUUAAAUUUACUGAUGCAAAGUACUGGUUAAAUUAUUUUCCACAACAUUGUAUGAAAGAUUUGAAAAUGUUUGGCGCUCAUGUUGACUGGAGAAGAUCUUUCAUCACCACCAAUGUUAACCCUUACUAUGAUUCUUUUGUAAGAUGGCAAUUUUUACGUCUUCGUGAUCAAAACAAAAUCAAGUAUGGAAAAAGAUACUGUAUUUAUUCACCAAAAGAUGGACAACCAUGUAUGGAUCAUGAUCGAGCAAGUGGUGAAGGUGUUGGUCCGCAAGAGUAUACUUUGGUUAAAAUGAAAUUGAUUGAGCCUAUACCGCCCAAACUGUCCAAAGCACUACCUAAACCUAAUCUCAAACAAAAGAUUUAUUUAGUCGCUGCUACCUUAAGACCUGAAACAAUGUAUGGACAAACAAAUUGUUGGCUAAGACCAGACUUGAAAUAUAUUGCAGUCAUUUCUGAUGCAACUACAACUAAAGAAGAAGAAGUCUAUAUUUGCACUGAACGAGCUGCUAGGAACAUGUUUUAUCAAGGGAUCAUCAAAGAAGGGCAUAUCGUAGAAUUGAUCGGAAAUGAUUUACUUGGGUGUAAAUUGAAAGUUCCUUUAGCUAAAUAUGAGUUUGUUUAUACUCUACCUAUGUUAACCAUCAAAGACAACAAAGGAACUGGAGUUGUCACCAGUGUUCCAUCAGACUCGCCUGAUGAUUUUGCUGCUCUUCGAGACAUUAAAAAGAAAGCAGCUCUUCGGGAAAAAUAUGGUAUCAAAGAUGAAAUGGUUUUACCUUUCGAACCAGUUCCUAUAAUCGAAAUCCCUGGUUUCGGUGACCUAAGUGCAGUAACUGUUUGUGAACAACUGAAAAUCCAAAGUCAAAAUGACGCUGACAAAUUGAAAGAGGCAAAAGAGAGGGUUUACCUCAAAGGAUUUUAUGAAGGAGUAAUGUUGGUUGGUUCUUAUAAGGGUUCCAAAGUUUGUGACAUCAAGAAAAGUAUCCAAAAAGAUUUAAUAGACUCUGGUGAUGUUUUAAUCUACAUGGAGCCAGAGAAACAAGUUAUCUCUCGAUCUGGUGAUGAAUGCGUUGUGGCAAACUGUGAUCAAUGGUAUCUUGAUUAUGGAGAAGAAGGUUGGAAAGCACUGACUAAAAAAUGUCUCGCUAAUUUAGAGACUUUUUCAGACGAAGUUCGUAAAAACUUUGAAUCGGUUCUCGACUGGCUUCAUGAAUAUGCAUGUUCUCGUACAUAUGGCUUAGGAAGCAAACUACCUUGGGACGAGAAUUGGCUGAUUGAGUCCCUUUCCGAUUCAACCAUCUAUAUGGCCUAUUAUACCGUAUGUCAUUUGCUCCAUAAAGAUAUUUACGGUAAAGAACCUUCUUUUGGCAUUGAUUCUUCGAUGAUGUAUCCAGAAGUGUGGGAUUAUAUUUUUCUUAGUAACAAACCCUACCCAGAAGAAGCAGGUAUACCAAAAGAAAAACUAGAUAGACUUCGUGAAGAAUUUCUUUAUUGGUAUGGUGUGGAUCUACGAAGUUCUGGUAAAGAUUUAAUCGCAAACCAUUUAACAUUCUUUAUGUAUAAUCAUUGUGCUAUGUGGGAAAAUGAACCUGAUAAGUGGCCAAAAGGAAUUCGAGCAACUGGUCAUCUACUUUUAAAUAACGAGAAAAUGUCUAAAUCCACGGGAAAUUUCAUGACUCUUGAACAAGCUAUUAACAAGUUUAGUGCUGAUGGUGUUCGAUUCGCGCUGGCAGACGCUGGUGAUGGAAUUGAAGAUGCCAAUUUCCUUGAAAAACAAGCUGAUACCGGCUUAUUGCGUUUAUUUAAUUUCAUGGAAUGGACUAAAGAAAUGCUUUCUCUCUCAACGAAACUUCGAGAUGAUAAUUCUUCAAGCCCCAACUUCCCUGAUCAAGCAUUCAACAAUCAAAUGAAUUAUUUGAUUAACGAAACAAAUGGACACUACAAAGGAACCAUGUUUAAAGAAGCUUUGAAAACAGGCUUUUUUGAAUAUCAAGAUGCUCGUGAUAAAUACCGUGAACUAUGUGGAUCAAAUGGAAUGAAUCGAAAACUGGUUCUUAAAUUUAUAGAAACUCAAGCAAUUAUCUUGAGCCCAAUUUGUCCUCAUAUUUGUGAAGCUGUCUGGACUCUUUUGAGAAGGGAAAAACCAGAACUUAAAGAUUCAAUAAUGAAAGCAAGUUGGCCAUCAAUAGAGCCUGUUAGUCUUGUUUUAAGACAAUCAUUAGAUUAUUUGUUCGAAGCCUGUCAUUCAUUCAGAGUUCGCUUAAAGACUUACCUGACCACGAAAAACAAGGGAAAUAAAGGUGAAAAAAUCAAUAAAGCUACACAUGGAGUUAUUUAUGUAGCUAAAAAGUUUCCUCAGUGGCAAGCUAUCAUUAUUUCCACUCUACAUGAUCUUCACCUUGAAAAUGGAUUGACUCUUCCUGAAAACUCUGUGAUUGCCCAAAAAUUGGGCAAACUUGGUGAACUUAAAAAGUACAUGAAAAAAGCUAUGCCUUUUGCAGAAACUAGAAGAAAAAUGCUUUUAACUCAGGGUGAUCAAGUUUUCAAUCAAACGGCACCAUUUGAUGAACUUUCUGUUCUUAAUGAAAAUAUUAAUUAUCUUCAAUCUACUCUGGAUUUGGAAGAUUUACAAGUUAAAUAUGCUGAUACCGCUGAAUCCAAAAUUCAAGAAGAGUGCUGUCCUCUCGAGCCUUACAUUGUUUUUCGCAAUGAUCCAUUUGUCCUCAUGAAUAUUGUGAAUAAUCAACCAUAUAAACCAUUCUUCAGUAUGAAGAUUCCUGUCUAUGAUAAUGAUAGCAUUGACCGUAUUUGCACUAGGAUUGUGGCCGAAUGUAAACUAAUCAAAACUCCAAGGGCUAUUUCAGUUUAUCACUACACAGAUCCAGUCAUGGGACCUCGUCGUUUACCUAAUCUUGAUAAACCUCUGGAAAACUUGCAGCUUUUAAAUAGUGGUUCCAUUAUUACUUUCACCAAAGAAGCAAAUGUUGAGAAAGUAUUUCUCAAGAAACGAACUGAAACUAUCGAGAUUGGACAUAAUUUAGUCUAUUGGGUGAAUACAAAUUAGGUUACGUCGCUUUUAAAUCGUACCACAAGAACAAAUUUCCAUGGAUGUGAUGGAAAGACGCAAUUAAUUUUGAUAAAUCAGUCUUUUGAUAGAAUUGAAAAUAUUCUCAAUUGAUUGUCAAUUUUCAUCAUCCGAUGACUUUAUGCGGUUAAAAUGUAAAUUAUUAACUGAUAUUUGUUUUCAGAAAAAUAUUACUCAUUUAAAAAAUAAAUAAUUAUAAUUUAAAAA